CGCAUCAUCAAUCGCUGAGCGCCAGCGCGCUAGGUCCCCAGAUAGGUGGUCUUUGUGUUCUAGCCCUCAAAUCGCCUCAACUUCGUCAUCCACUUAGCAGCGCAAAUCCCACACCACCACAACACCAUCCACGACCCAACUACUGACACCUAUUGCGUAUGCGCCAGUGCUAGCUGCCCACCUCCCUCGACUUGCUGCCCACAUAGAGGCCCCCUUAUCCACAUAGCCAGCGCUCUUACUCGACCAUGACCCGCGCUUCAAGGAGGUGAUUCCGCUGGUGCACCAACAGAGCCCAAAACCAUGGCGUCCGCCUCGGCCAAGAUCACCCUCACCUACCCCCUCUACGCCUGCGACUUCGACCCGAACAAUGCGAACCGCCUGGUAGUCGGCGGCGGCGGCGGUGCCGGCCGCAGUGGGGUGGGAAACAAGAUCACAGUCCUAGACACAACUUCUCCAGAGACCCUUGAACCCAGCGCUGAGAUCGAGCUCAGCCGAGACGAGGACAACGUCACCAGCCUUACCGUCAUCAGCCAGUCCAAGGGCAAGACCGCGCUGGUGUACGCCGGCGUCAACUCGAGCCCAGAGGAACAAAAGAAUGGCGAGAACAAGCACUUCCGCGUCUUCGGCCUCGACCCGCCCAAGGCCAAGGCCAAGGAGGCCGCUGCCCUAACAAUAUCCGAGCUCUCCCGGGCCUCGUUUUUCUCGAACAAGGAUCCCGAUGCCUACCAGCGGAUCGUCCGCCUGUCCGCGCCCUUCGCCGACUCCCCGCAGAUGGGCGCGGCUGCCACCGGCCUGGCCAAGCAGGCCCAGAUCGUACUCUUUGAGGCGUCGAGCUCGGGGCCCAAGUCCCGCGGCAGGUUAAAUCUAGAAAAGGAGGCGAGCGACCUGGAUAUCAUACAGACGUCGAGCGAACAGUACAGGCUCGUCUACUGCAACGACUACGAGAUCCACUCCAUAAACAUCCCCGCCAAGGGUGGUGCCGUAACAGGCGAGCCGCAGCUGAUCUUCACGACGCCCGAGGACGUGGCCACAGGCUACCCGCGGCCCUCGUUCCGGGCUAUCCGAUUUCUCACCCCAACCUUCCUGCUCACGGCCUGCAACAUGGCCAAGCGCAGCGGCGUCGUCCUCCAGGCCUACAGGAUCGCCGCGGGGUCGUCGGAUGUUCCUGCGCGACUGUCGGCAUCGGCGAAGCUCCCCAAACAUGUGCCGCAGACCACUGCCCUCGCCGUUACCAACCUGCACCCGCCCACCUCGCCGGGCGCCGGCGCGGGUGACACUCAGUUCGUCGUCGCCGUGGCCGGCGUCGACUGCUCUAUCACGCUCUACACGCUUGACCACUCCAGCCUGGCGUCCAUCGACAUGUUGAGCAAAUUAUACCCUUUCACCACCGUCCGCGGCGUCCACCCCCACCCUAUAUCCGGACUUUCCUUUUCCCGCUUCCAGCCACCAGGCCAGCUUUCCUCCACCUCGACCUCAUCUUCCUCCAAGGCCACAAAGUCAGCCACCAAGGCGCCAGCCUCUGAAUCUGCCUCGACCGUCCUCAAGCUCGCGUCCAUAUCUGUCGCCAACACGGCGGUGGUGCACACCAUCCCGCUCAAGAAGCUCCCGACGACGGCGGCCGCCACCGACAAAUCCCUCUCCAAGAACCCGCGUAGCCCCAAACAAACGGGGCGCUACGUCGUGGCCGCGCGCUCGGUCGGCCCCUCGCCCAAGGCCAUCAUCGUCGUGUCCACCAUCGGCAUCCUCCUGAUCGCCAUGAUCCUGCAGACAUUCCUCGAGGUCAAGGCGCUCACGCCCCGCGACGUCCUCGGGGCCCGCAAGUGGGCGCCGGCGACGUGGGUGCACCACCCGCCGGGCAGGGAGAGGCUGCUGCUCAAGCUCACGCAGACGGACGGGCCCAUCGUCCUCCGCGAGGGCGACGGCGUGGUCGAGGUGGCGAGCGGAGACGAGGCGGCCGCCGCGGCCGCGUCGCUCGAGGACCCUGUCGUCGCCUGGGAGGAGCUCCCGGCCGCGCAGCGCAAGGCGUGGAAGGCGAGGCUCAAGGCCGCUGGCCACUGGGGCGAGGAGAUGGGCGAGGCCAUAUUCAAGGGCGUCCUCUUCAGCGAGCUAGGAGGCGUCGUUGGGGGCUUCGUCAGGGGUUAGUAGCCGUCUGCAGGUUAUGGGCACACCCAGGCCGGGUCGUUUUUUUAUUAUUUACACUGUUAUUAUAACCUAUAUUCUCCACCUGGUGUAUUAUGAAUGAACCUUUAUCGUGUUACGAGGCUGUGGAACGGGGGGCGCAAUACGAAGCGGCUCGCAUCUUUUCGGCCAAGCAUGAGACGAAUAUCGAUCGCAUUGGAUUAUGGACGGGCUGAGGGCUGCAACAGGAGACGGGCAUUGGGACAACUCAUGUUUAUUUCUCCUUGACACGGUUGAGCGCAGUGCUUUCCUGCCUACCUUGGGAAUACCGUCGAAUACACUCGAUACCUACGUACCUACCUACUACUUUGGCUUCUCUGCCUAGGCCACUUUGUGCAUGUGCCUCCAUCUACCUUUUGAGAG